CGCAGCGCCGUUUCAGAGCGGCGCCGGGCGCGAUUUCAUAGGGCGUCGAGACGCCCGAUUCACGCAAUCCGCCACCGAAACGUAGUUUCGUCGUCGCGUGUCGUAACCCCAGGAAGCUGAACUGACAUCUGUUCCGCGAUACCUGGACGAAGUGGUAUUUUUUCGUGGACAAUUUUUUUUUUUGUGUGUGAUUUAAAUUUAUAUAAUUAUUGGAGGAAAUAAAAAUAAAUUGUGUAAGGAAAAAACAAACAAAAACUAUAAGUGACAAAAGUGAAGAAAAUAAAAUUAAAGUGAGAAAUCUUAAAAAGGAUAUUUAUUUAAAUCAUGUAUGCGAAUGAACAAUAUGUGACAAAGAAUGAAAUAGUGACGAAAAAAUUCAAAUAACAGUGAUCCAAAAAUGUUUCCUGGGUGUAUCAGAGCUCCCAGAAGUAUACAGGGAUCAACUGACGAUAUAACGAAACAAACGAAGUCAAUAGUACAGAUUUACACCGAUUGGGCCAACCACUACUUGGAAAAAGCCAGAAGCAAAAAAAGGGUCAGUUCUCUAGCAACAGAUUGCAGUGACGGAGUUUUGCUAGCCGAAGUCAUUGAAUCAGUUACUUCUCAAAAGAUGCCUGACAUCAACCGCAAACCAAAAUCACCAACACAAAUGUUGGAUAACAUCAAUCUAUGCCUCUCCACCCUGCACUCGCAACACAUCCAAGGCAUCGAGGGGAUUUCCGCACAGGAGCUGCGAGAUGGCAAACUGAAAGCGAUUUUGGCGCUCUUUUUCGCCCUCUCGAGGCACAAACAGGCAACCAAAGCGCGCCAACAGCAGGACAUGACUCCCAACAGAUCUUCUGCAAUACCCCACAAAGGUGGUACCACCAGCUCGAUACCGUUACCAGGCAGCGCUCUACCCGCCCGAAGAUGCCCACCAGACAAAGUGCGACCUGUUGCAGGCUCAUCCAGAGCGACCAGUCCUGCUUUGAGCAUGAUACCAAGAGGACCACCCGCGUCACAAAUCGCCAGUCCUUAUCAGACUGCUCAGAAAAAUGCUGUGGUGCAAAAUGGCUCUAUGUUAGAUAAAUUAAAAUUAUUUAAGAACAAUGACAAAAUCAGUAAUAGCACAAACGGCAAAAGAACCAGUUCCUCUAGCGGCGUGUCAUCGGCCAAAAGUGAAAGAAGCGACAGCAGUGCCUCGAUCGAAGCCACCACUGAUACCAAACCAGUCAAGAACAUUUCUAGAAUCAAGCAAGCAACAAAACCAACAACAAAUUCAGUUUCCAAAACUCCCCCGCAAAAAAGCAGCCCCAACGCCACCAAAAAAGACAACCAAAAGGUGGUGCAUCAAAAUGGCGGACUCAAAAUGGCCAGUGAAGUAGAAAAACACGCCAGCAAAGUAGCAGCCUUGCCAGCAAGCAAAAUUGCGGAACCCAAAGUCAGAGUAUCAGCUUUGAAAGACGUGAAAUCAAUAUCGGUGCCUCACCAACUUGGAGGCAACGGAACUGGAAUACCUAAACCAACUUUAGCUGUUAAAGGGACCACAAAACCAAUACAAUCAUCAAACAUAUCUCAACCCCAAAAACCACCAAUGUCACGUGAAUCGUCACAGCACUCUCUCUCUAAUCAAAAACCAGCAGUUGCAAUGGUAACACCAACGAAAAGUGCCGAUCUUAGUUGCACUAAUCAGAAAGUAGAGCCAGCAAAAGACAAUCAACUAUCAGAGAGUAGUAGCACCUCAACAGGACCACAGAGCAAUUCAAGUGACAGUUCAGUCAUUUAUAGGCCUUCUAGUGAGAGUAGUUGUUCAGAACACGUGAAUAAUCCAAUUCCAAACAGGAAAGAACCAUUGACAUAUCUCACAGAUGUUACGAUGCCGCAGCCUCACAUCACUCACCACGUGCCUCUGGAGCCUCUGAAAGAAGCCCAAGAAGUUGAAAGUCCAAUUAAAUCCAAACCCAUGUCACCUACAAAACCCGCAGAAAGUCCACGACUGACCACUAUACCAAACCAUAUCAGACAAACCAUAUCUAAAGUAGGAGACAACCAAACUCAGUUAGAUAAAGAUAGAAAUAUUAGUAUGAAACACAUAAGGGAUCAAAGUUUUUGCGUACCUAAACCUGUACAAGCUAAUGGAAAUCAUAAUAUACAAGAUUUCAAUUUGAAUAAGCAAGAUCCUGUGGGACUGUUCGGUGAAGAUGUUAUGGAUAAUGUUAAUAUUAACGGUAGAGAGUUGGUUAACGGAGAAAAUCUUGAUAUUGAGCCAAUGAGACCGUUGUUGAGGGGCUAUUGUAGCACUUUGACAUUACCUGGAAGGCAAAGGGGUCCUUAUAAUCGAGUCCCGUCAGAUGGGGAUUAUUGCGAGAUUUCUAUGGCUAAUGGCUAUCUAUCAGAAAGCGAACUAAUCCGAGGCUCAAACCCAAUAGACAUAUCAGACGGAUAUCUUUCGGAAGGAGGUUCUGUACUUUACGCUAGAAGAGUGCAAACUCAAAAUGCGCCAAACGGAUCCGGCCUCACCGUGUUAACAGAACAAUCGAGCCGAAGGGGUGGGUCCUCGCGCGACUCGCCCCCUCCUCCACCAGCACCCAGAGGGUCGUCGAAGCCUCAAAGAAACGGAGGGGUACCACAAGGAUCGGAUUCCAAACACUCGAACGGCCACCAUUGGAAACGUUACGGUGACUCCCCUGGGGUAGGCAGCCCUCCACCACCUGCACCUGGUAGUCCUACCUCGAGUAGAAGAGAAAGAGGCGAAAGACGGAGUAGUCCCCAUGGGAAAGAAAAAUCGAGCGGUAGUAAGGGAGUGCGAGGUGUACCUCAAAGUUUCGGAUAUGUUAAGAGAAAUGGUACGAGUAAUGGUAAUGGAGCUACUAAUGGAACUGGACCUCCGGUGCAAGUUAUCCAAAAUCACAAUGGAAAAACUACAUCGGUUGCAUCAGUUUCAAGGACCAAAGUCAAAGUUUCAGGUGGCACCCAAACGUGUUCAAGUGAUUUGCAACAAUCAAAUAAACCUUCUCCGCCCCAAUUCAAAUCAUACUCACUCACUGGUAACACGGCGAAUCAGUUGUCUCAGUCAGUAAGAGAAAGGCUUAUGAUGGGUUCGCAGAGUCUUCCAAAAGGAGGUGUUCACCAGGAAUACGGUUUGGUGAUGAGACAAACGAGACCUAAAGCGAGCGAUGGAUCGCUUAGCGAUACUCAGGCAAUAGAAAACUGUAGCCCGUAUGCACCUUGGUUGCGACACAGCAAUACUUAUUCAGUAGCACCAAGGCUCUCAGAAACCGACAGCAUGGAGAGCCUCACUAGUCUUCCAGGUCACAGAAGUAGCCUUACACAUGCGCGUCUUUUACGCGAUUCGCCUUCUCGAUUGAGCAGAAGUAAUAGCAUAAGAUCGACCAAAUCCGAAAAAUUGUAUCCCUCCAUGUUGCACCGUAACACUGAACCAGAAACGGAACCUUAUUAUUGUCUACCCAUUGGAAGCAUUUCUCAUUGGUCGCAACCGACUAGUCCCGCUCCUGGUAAUGGUAGAUCGUUUCCAUUGAGUCCUACUCAUGGUGGAACGCCUAGGCAUAGUAUACCUAAGAAUGAUGAACUCCAUGGCUCAUCGAUAAGCUUAGUAUCCACGGCAUCCAGUUUAUAUUCUUCGGCCGAAGAGAAGCAAGCUCACGAAAUCAGAAAGCUCAGACGAGAACUCGGCGACGCCCAAGAAAAAGUUCAUACGCUGACGUCGCAACUUAGUACCAAUGCCCACGUAGUAUCUGCUUUCGAGCAGAGUCUUACCUCGAUGACCCAAAGAUUGCAACAUUUAACGUCAACAUCAGAGAAAAAGGAUAGCGAACUCCAAGAACUCCGUCAAGCCAUGGAAUCACUACGAGCUCAAUCGAUACAAGCAGGCAUAGGCUCCAGCUUAGCCAGACAACCUAGUUCCGAUUCAGUAUCCAGUUUAUCUUCGGCCUGUUCCUUGGACAAACAAGAAAAAAAGAAAAAGAAAGGUUGGCUCAGGAGCAGCUUCACCAAAGCCUUUUCCAGAAACGCCAAAGUUACCAAAGUACAAUCCAGUCACAGCGAAGGUGAGAACGAGAGGCACCAUAGUCCACCACCGCCCGCGCCUAUUGAUCAGGGCCAAGAAGUGGCCGAACUCCAAAAACAACUCCGAGAAAAAGAUUUGGUGUUGACUGAUAUUAGAUUAGAGGCUUUAAGCUCGGCGCAUCAAUUGGAAAGUUUAAAGGACACUGUAAUGAAAAUGCGAAGUGAAAUGUUAAACCUAAAACAAAAUAAUGAGCGACUACAAAGAAUGGUGAUUGGAACUAGCACUCCAUGUUCAGACUUAACAGUAGAGGCCAGAUCUAACUCAUCUUUGGAUGCUCUUGGAGACCUUAUACCAUCCGAAGAACCUGCUCCUGAAACGGAAAAUGAUGGCAAGAGGGUGGCGAUAUCAGUGUAUCUUGGACAACCUCAAAGUUUUGAAAGAUACUAUACCGAACACUAUGGUUACGACGGUAAAGGAACCAACACGACAGCAGAAAUCGCCAUCGCCUACACAAAUAUCGGAGCUUCCAGCUCGUGGGCCCAACUAGACAAUGCUGUCCGUAGAUCGUUCAAACAGUACGUAGCCAGACUAGAUCCAGGAGGUGGUUUGGGCCUAGGCAGCGACUCCAUAGCUAGUUACAAACUGGGAGAAGCUGAACGAAAACCGGACACAGGCCCACCAGAUUUGUUACCUGUAGGCUACGCUGUUGGUAGAGUAACAUCUGUACAUGUGGUAUUGCAACCGGUGGCAGCUCUAGCCUUUGAAGCACUGAUUCCUAAAGGAGUGGCACAAAGGCUAGUGUCUCUUUUAGCUGAACACCGAAGGCUGGUGUUGUGCGGAGCACCCGGAACAGGCAAAACGCAUUUGGCCACUAGACUGGCAGAGUUUCACGCUCAAAGUUUGGGUAGGGAUCCUCAAGAGGCUGUGGCAACAUUUAAUGUUGACAAUAAAUCCGCAAAAGAACUCCGCCAGUAUCUUCAGCACCUUUCGGAACAAGCGGCUACAGGAGACAAUAGCGUUUUACCAUGCGUUGUAGUCCUAGACAAUCUACACAAAGCUGGCCCUCUGGCGGACGCCCUAGGUAGCUUACCUAGAAACUUACCGUGUUUACUCGGAACUAUGGCCCAAAGUGCUUGUUCGGCGACUAGUUUACAGUUGCAGCAUGGAUUUAGAUGGGUACUAGUGGCACCUCACAUGGAACCAGCGAGAGGUCUCUUGGGACGUGUUCUGAGGCGAAGACUAGCCGGUUUGGAGCUAGAGCAGGGUCCGCAACCAGAACUAGCAGCAAUAUUGGGUUGGUUACCGAGAGUUUGGCAACAUUUGAAUGCCUUUUUGGAAACGCAUAGUAGCGGUGAUGUGGCGAUAGGACCUAGACUGUUUUUAAGUUGUCCACUAGAACUGGAUGCUGCCAGAGCUUGGUUCGCAGACGUCUGGAACUACUCCUUAGCCCCCUAUCUGCGCGAAGCAGCCCGUGAAGGCCUCCAACUCUACGGUCGUCGCGCUUCUUGGAACGAUCCGGCGCAAUUCAUCCUGGAUACGUAUCCAUGGCCCGGAGCUCCUCCGCAAGGCCUCACUACAAUUUCUGCCAAAGAUGUAGGUCUCGAAACUAACGCUAACGAUCAAGCAGAAAGCGACGGAGAUCCGCUGUUGAAUAUGUUGAUGAGGUUACAAGAGGCUGCCAAUUAUUCCAGUCCUCAUUCGAACGAUUCGGAUUGUAAUAGUUUAGAUUCGAAUUUGACUCAUGGCAGUAAUGUUGGUACAGAAAGUGUGUCGUAACGAAAAAUGAUGAUGGAAAUUAUGAGAUUUAUCGUUGGGUUUUUACCCGGAGUUUGAGGAAGACGUGAUACUGAUUAAGAUGAAGUUUAAAAAGGCCUGUAUGAGUAUUAGUUGAAAUCCUGGAUAUAUUGUCCAGUAUGUAUUUAUUUAUUUACUCAGGAAUUUAUUAAAAAUAAAUUCAUGUCGAGUUGAAAAAAAAAAAACUCCAUGUUGCGGACUCCUAGAAUACGUUUUCUGCCUGUAAAACUAAUAUUUGUUUUCUAAAGCAACGCAUCAUUAUGAACAGUCAAUGUUUUUUUUUCUUCAUUAUGCAGAAUAAAACACAUAUGUGGAGGCUUGUAGAGUUUUUAAAAAAAUAUUCAGGAGGUCUGCAACUUGUCAAACUCCAAAACAAUUCCUCAAAAAAUAUGAUGUUUUAGAAACAAAUUCCUUCAAUCAAACAAUAAUUUCUCUCAGUCUUAAUAGGGAUAUUAAGAUUGUAAUAUUUUGGAGAAAUAUAUCAAGCCACAACAACCUAUAGUUAAUAUUUUGAUUUUCAUCAAAUCACAUAUUAUUUAUGGGUCUACUAUAUUCUAUUUGAAGAUAUAUCCAGGAGUUUUCGCGAAGAAAAUUCAGUUAAAGUUACAAAUAUCAAAAAUGAUUAUUGCUAUUUGUAUUGUUAAAUUAUUUUUAGCAUUAAUUAAUCAAAUUCCUAUUGUAUUUUAACAAUAGUAGAUAUAACGUUAAUAAUUUGUCUAAACAUUUGUUUAAAUCAAAUCCCUUUAAAUAAUAAAAGUGACUUUCAAAUUAAAAUUCCAGGCAAUAAUAUAUUUGAAAAACAAACAAUACAGAUGAGCAACUAAAUGAAGCUAUCUGCAAUCAGAAAGAAAACUAAGUUUCACAACCAUGUCAUUUGAGUAUUCAUAAGGUUACACAGAACCCAAAAAUAAAACAAUCAAAUAAUAUAUUCUCAGUGAAUAUAUACUACUUACCAACUUAACCAAGUGCUUCAAUUUUUUACUUAAAACCAAUAAAUGUAUCGCUAAAGGUUAGUUUUUUAAAUAGUUAUUCUUCAUAAACUAAGCUUUAAUAUUAGCAAAAUUUUUACCAAUCAACAAAAAACUAACCCUAACUAAGUGUUAAUGUGAGAGUAAAAAAUAUAUUUUGGGAAAUAUACAAAAUAAUACCUAUAUUAAUGUGAAAAGCUGCUUUUUAUAUGCCAUUUUUGUGCAAUUUUGUAUCAACUCAAAAAAAAUCUGUUGUUAAAUAUGUAUUUCUUCCGCUUCAAAAAACAGCCUUGUUAAACAGGGCUAAAAUUUUCUUAUUUGUACAAUUUUUGUAAUUUAUUUUUGUUGUAUAGUUUUUUAGUUUUUGUUUGUCUGUGUUUAAAUGUACGAGUAAUUCUGGUCAGAAUUAACCAACAACUAUUUAUAUUAUGUAAAUAAAUUUAAUUUAUUAUAUUCACAUUAAAAGAAAAAAACGACCCUUGUUCAUAAGCUUUAUAUUUACCAUGAUAGUAAAUAUAAUUUUAUACAAAUUGUAAUAUAAAAACUGCCAAUAAAU